AUGGACGACGAAGCACGCCAAGCGCUAGCAACGAUGAAGAUGCCCCGACGACCCAUAAACUUCGUGUCCGCAAAGUCAGGCGAAAUCCUCAAGCUGGGGCACAUCACGUGCAGAAUCAUGGAAGACGGGUCAAGAACAGACAAUCGCAUAGGCUCUGCGGAAUUCACCAUCCCGCCCAAUACGGCUGGCCCGCCAGCGCACUGGCAUGAAAUGCACGACGAGACGUUCCUUGUAACCCAAGGCAUGGUGCGCUUCCACGCCCCCGACGGCCAACACCAGGACGCCAACGUAGGCGACUAUGUCACGGUUCCUAUCCGCGCGCCACACACCUUCUCCAAUCCGACGAAUGAGGAGGCAAAGUUCUUCAAUACAUUUACGCCGGCGUUCUAUAUUGACUACUUCAAGAUCCUUGCAGAGAUCAGUAAGAGUGAUGAGAAGAUGAGCAAGGAGAAGAAUUUAGAGGUCAUGGCGCGGUUUGCGACCAUGCCGGCGAAGGAGAUGUAG